AACCGAACUAGUUCUUUUGGUUUAGUUUGUAGUAAAACUUAACUAAUUUUUUUUAAAUUAAAAACCAAAUUGAAAAAACUAAAACGUUUUAAAGUUUUAAAUCGAAUUGGAUUUAUUGGUUUGGUUUGUUUGGUUAUUUGGCUUGAUUUGGUUUUUGGCAUCCCUGAAGACCACUGCCAGCUCAAUGCGCCUGAUGUGAAUAUAUCUAUGCUCACCAAUCCUUGUAAUUCCCAUCAAAUUCCAUGUUUUGAUACCUUAGAUAUUCCCAAUAACAAGAGUGUAUAUUUCCUAUUUAUAGGAAACAAAAACUUGCAUAACUCUUUCCGCUUCUUCUCUAGCUUUUUCUUUCGCCUCAUAACAAAAGAUUAGAAAUCCGUUUUGAAGUUUGGAUAUGAUAUGAUAGACUGUAUGAAAGGCGAAGGAGAUGAAACACCACCCCGAAACGUUUUGAAUAAUAGUUUCGGCGGGGUGUUUGUGCCAAACUCAAGAAAUAAUGUAGUAAUAGUAAUGGAUGCAUUGAAGGAUUUCUCACCGGAGCCACUCCGGUGGGCGCUUGACCAUGUUGUUCAAAGUCGAGCUCGUCGUUGCAGCAUCACCAUCACCCUUCUUGGUGUGAUGCCAUGGAUUCCUCUCCCAUUGUUAUGCAAGACAUGGUUAGAUGUUUGGACAUUUGAUGAAGGGGAUCUGUCGGCAUUGAGCGAGUUGAAGAUGAAUGAUCAUAAGUAUCACAAGAUUCGGGGGAUCAUAGAGCUAUGCGACCAAAAAGGGGUUGAUGAUUUAUUCUCAUACUUUAAUAUUAGGAGUAACUGGACUUGAUCAUUGGGCCGGCUUCGGCCCAUUUGUUCUGAAAUUGAAUACUCAAUUUUCACAUGGAAUUGUAAAAAAACAUUUCAUUUUCAAUAUUUUGUAAACUAAUUUUUAUUUAUUUACUCUUUAAUUUUAAUAUUUUUGUUAGUACUCUUUGAAUUUAUAAAAAAAAAUUAUGUUCAACUUUUUCUUAAA